CAGUCAGCCAGCUGCUCGGGGACAUUCCUGUCUGUCUUCAACAACUUGAGCCCACAAACACCAGCAGCCGAGUGACACCGUGGACGACGUGAACUGGUUUUAAGGCAUUUCCCCAGUCAGACCAGCAGGACCCGAAAGGAUGUGGAGCGUCAGUACUCCUGCCAGACCUCGCUCAAACUUUUGUCGGUAAACGCAGCGAGAAGAGGGGGAGAAGCGGGCGCAGGACCCGCCGCAGCCUGAGUGUCGGUCACCGGAGACGAUGGGAGACUUUGACUAGAUCCACUACGGCACGGAAGCACCAUGGCUGUCGACGCGGCAUCCAGUUUCAGUUUCUGCAGGCCAGCUGUGGAGUACAGGGCCCUGUCUGAGGACUUCAAGCACCAGCUGAGUCGGCGGACAGGUGGGAACCUAACCUGGCAUGACGGGCGUGGACAGAAAACAGCAGGAGGCAGGACAGUGAAGCUGCUGCAGCAGCCGGGCACAGAGGCCCUGCAGUACUGCUCCAGUGACAGUUAUGGGAUAUAUCACACAAGUCCAACACAGCCCAGCCUGAUCCGCCCAGUCGUGCUCUGGUCACAGCAAGAUGUUUGUAAAUGGCUGAAGAAACACUGUCCGCACAACUACCUGACCUACGUGGAGGCAUUCUCCCACCACGCCAUCACAGGCCGAGCCCUGCUGCGUCUGAAUGGGGAGAAGCUGGAGCGUAUGGGGUUAGUGCAAGAGACGCUUCGGCAGGAGCUGCUGCAACAGGUGCUGCAGCUUCAGGUGCAGGAGGAGGGACGCAACCUGCAGCUGCUCAGCAGAGGUUCCUUUGGAAAGAUAUCGUAGCCAGAUUCCUGGAGUGGAAGUCCAGUGGGAGCUGUGGAAUCAUGGGAUAUAUACGAUCAAAAAAACUCAAAAAUGUGAAUCAGAUCUGUGG